AUGACACACGAUUGGGACGAACGGGGCUGCAUGACGCCGCUGACGGUGCUCUGGAUAGACGAAUGUAUCGUCACGGGCGUCAAGACGAAGGACAAGGACGGGUACACCGCGUUGCAGGUCGGUUCGGGGAGCAAGAAGCCGAAGCAGAUACACAAGCGGCAGCGCGGGCAGUUCGUUGCCAAGGGCAUCCCGAUCAAGCGGCACGUGUCGGAGUUCCAGGUCACGGAGGACGCGCUGCUGCCCGUUGGCACGCCGGUCACGGCCGCGCACUUCCGCCCGGGGCAGUUCAUCGACGUGCAGGGCACGACGAUCGGGAAGGGCUUCCAGGGCGCGAUGAAGCGGCACGGGUUCAAGGGCCAGGAGGCGUCGCACGGCAACACCAAGGCGCACCGCAAGCUGGGGUCGACAGGCAACAGGAAGACGCCGGCGCGCGUGUUCCCGGGGAAGAAGAUGCCUGGGCGCAUGGGCGGGGUCAAGUGCACGCAGGAGCGGCUGUACGUGUGGCGGACGGACCCCGAGCGGAACCUGCUGUGGGUGCGGGGGCAGGUCCCGGGGCACGCCGGCAACGUUCUGCGGGUGAGGGACUCUCUGCGCGCGCAGUGGAACAGCAAGCUGGACACGCCGGCGUUCGAGAAGUACCGAUCUACGAUGCUCGACUUGCCAGUGCCUACUUGGACCAGCGAGGAGCUCCCGCCGGGGCAGACGGCGGACCAGGCGCGGUACGACUACGUCAGGGAGCCCAAGAUGCAGGGGAGGAGCUUCAUGUGGCGACGCAGCCGGCACCGGCGGUGA